AUGGAUAGUCCAAUGUCGAGUGACUUAAGAUCAAACCAACUGGCACAAAAUUCUUGGUGCCAUCCAGCAAACAGAGUUCAUAGGUUUCUAGCACUGUUAUUAAUGUGUUUUCUUUGUUUCGGAUCCUACUUUUGUUAUGAUACGCCCGGUGCUUUAGCUGAUAACUUCAAGGGUGACUCACAUUUGAACACAUCUCAGUUUGCAUUAUUAUACUCUAUAUACUCCUGGCCAAAUGUCAUAUUAUGUUUUAUUGGUGGUUAUUUGAUAGAUAGAUAUUUUGGAAUUAGACUCGGGACAAUUAUAUAUAUGAUCAUUGUAACUCUAGGGGCAAUAGUCUUCGCUACAGGAGUUUACAUCAAUGCAUAUUGGCUUAUGAUACUUGGAAGAUUUAUAUUUGGAAUUGGUGGAGAAUCAUUGCAAGUGGCAGUAAAUAGUUAUGUGGUGUUAUGGUUUAAAGGAAAGGAGCUGAAUAUGGUAUUUGGCCUACAGCUGUCUUUCUCUAGAUUUGGCAGCACAGUCAACUUUUGGGUAAUGGAACCUAUUUAUAGAUGGGUUGCAAAUUACUAUGGUGGCUACGAACGCCUUGGAGUAGCUUUAUUUAUUGCAUCAUUCACGUGUGUUGGGUCACUUAUUUGUGGACUAUUGCUGGGGUGGAUGGAUUACAGAGCUGAAAAGAUUUUAGGAAGGCGUGAAGAACAUAACAGUGAGGAACCAUUGCGACUUCUUGAUAUUGUAAAUUUCAAGCCAGUAUUUUGGCUAGUUUCUGUGAUAUGUGUGGCAUAUUAUUUAGCAAUUUUUCCAUUUAUUGCUUUAGGAAAAUUGUUCUUUGAGCGUAAAUUCGAUUUCUCGCCGCAAGAUGCCAACACAGUUAAUUCGAUGGUAUAUUUACUGUCAGCAGCUUUAAGCCCAUUUUUCGGUAUUCUUAUAGACAAGACUGGGCGAAAUGUUAUGUGGGUGAUAAUAAGCACAAUCACUACAAUUGGCGCUCACUUCUUGUUAGCUUUUACAUUUUUCAAUCCAUACUUAGGAGUGAUAAUUCUGGGUAUAUCAUAUUCACUACUAGCAAGCGGUUUAUGGCCACUAGUUGCGUUGAUUGUCGCUGGAAACCAACUGGGUACUGCAUAUGGAAUAUGUCAAGCUGUUCAAAACUUAGGUUUAGCCACUGUUCUCAUUUUGGCCGGUGUAAUCGUUGACAGAUAUGGAUAUUUCAUGCUUGAAAUGUUUUUCUUAGGAUGCUUAUUCAUUUCGCUCAUUGCUGCAGUGCUGAUCUACAUUGUGGAUUCGGCUAAUAAUGGAGUCCUGAAUAUGUCUCCUAGUAUGCGUGAAUCUAUUACAAAACCACGUGAAAACGAUGACGAAACUGCUAAUCUGUUAGACCAUGAAGAUGGUUCUGAACAAGAGGUUACAGACUCGAGGGACCAAACAAGUCAAAACCAGCCUCCUUUAGUUCGUGAUUUAGCACAAUCGCAAUCUGACAGAAUACGCAGUAGAUAUAUAACACAAUUAUUGCCAAAUACUAACAUUCCAGAGAGACAAUAA